AUGCCUAGAGUAAGUAGGCGAAGAAGUCAGAGACAAAACGUAUCGUCUCGUCGAUGGUCAAAUACGAAGAUUUCAGAUCCAAGUGAUUCGUCUGGUGAUGAAUAUGUCAUGGAUAUUGAUGCUGAAGAAUUAAAUUUUAAUGAAAAAAUUUUGUUAACCGAUAUUGGUGGCCUUGCUGAAAUGUGCAAGUUGAAAUGUGGAACGAAAUAUCUUAGCACUUUGGUUUAUAUGUCAUUACGUUUCUUCGACAUUAAAUGGGAAAAUGUCGACGAGUAUUUGAAGAGUAUUGGUUUUAUGAGCGCACAAACUUCUCAUAAAUGGGCAAAAGUGUUUAGCAAAGGAGAUUAUGAAGAGUUUUCAAAUGAUUUACGUGGUGGUAAACAAACUGAUCCGUUUUAUGAUACCUUUCCCGAGAUUGAAGCAGAUGCAAAAGCAUUUGUCGUUCAAGCGUAUUCACAAAAGUCAGGCGAAUUCAAGGGUUUGGAUUUGGCUCAGUUUAUUGAUGAAAAAUAUUAUGAAUUAACAGGAAUUAAAAAACAAAUUGGCGAUGAUUUCAUAAGAUCGGAAAGAAGUUGUCCUCUCGAUCUUCGCAGAUGGGGAGCUAAAUCUGAAGCGAAUUCACAACGCCCGUAUUUUGAAGGACAUGAAAGGAACGAUGUAGUGAAAUAUCGUAAUGAAUUUAUUGUACCUAUACGUUUUAAAAUUGAGACAGCAAACGGCAAUGAUUUGCUAAAAGUUAACAGUGCUGUAAGUGGCGACAUGCAUGAAAAGUUUUUGUUAACAAUGCCAUUGCAAGAAAUAUGUCAAAAUGAAACAAAAGCGAAGAAAGUAAUGAAAUUGAUAAAAGAUUUGUUUAGUAUUCUUCAAACGGUGAAAAGAACCAAUAACAAAGCAUUUUAUCAUCGUGCUUUAAUUGUUUGCUGUGACAAAUGGGGACAAAAUUUUAUUGAUCUUUUUGGCUAUGAAAUGGUGACACCCUAUGUUCAUGUUUUCGCCGCACAUCUUCCGGAGUUUUACCAUAAAUGGAUGAAUUUAAAUACAUUUUCUCUAGAAGGUGUCGAAAAACUGAAUGACUUAAUUACCUCAGACUACUUUAGAGCAACGAAUAAGAAGGAAUCAUUUUUGCAACAAAUACUGAGGAAAAGAUUAUGUCAAAUGUUACUAACUUUGCCGAAAAGAACAAGAAAAGACGCAUUACUCGCAAUGGAAAAUGUUGAAACUGACGACUUAAAUAUGAAAGAGCCAGAAUCAAAUGAUGAAGACGAAACGGUGAAAUAUUUUUAA